UAGGUGGCGGUACGUCUUUUGUUAAGCAUCAACAGACAGCAAUAGAGAAGAAGACGAGGAAGUGCUUUAUUUACAUACUUUUGUUGUCAUCUAAGAACUUCGGUAGUUGUUGUUUUAUCAUUAUUAUUUACAGCUUUAAUCGCGUCAGGACCCGCUGUCAGUGUUGAGAGGGGUGCGUGUUCUCCAGUGGGCAGCAGCGGACAGCAUUAAUGGCCGAGGGCAGCAGCGGUAACCCGGGCAGCGCUCCUCCCGGAGACCCGCAGCUCAUCGCGCUCAUAGUGGAGCACCUGAAGAACAGAGGCCUGUUCGACGAGUUCAGGAGAGACUGUCUGGCAGACGUGGACACGAAGCCAGCUUAUCAAAAUCUGCGACAGAAGGUGGACAACUUUGUGUCCACUCAUCUCAGCACUCAAGAAUGGAAUCCGUCCAUCAACAAGAACCAGGCGAGGAAUGGCUUGAGGCAAAGCGUAGUGCAGUCGGGGAUGCUGGAAUCAGGGGUGGACCGAAUCAUCACUCAGGUGGUGGACCCUAAACUGAACCAUACCUUCAGGCCACACAUCGAGGACGCCAUUCAUGAUUUUCUAUCCGCAGAGACGAGAGAAGAGGGUGCAUCGAAUUCAGCCCUCGAUGCUGAACAACAGGAGAUGACCAGCAACACUACAGCCAAAACACAAUGAGGUACAAGAAUACCUUUGUGCUAUUUCACAUGGAGAUCACCAAAAGUUGUCGUUCCGUGACUGGCUACAGAGGACGAACAUUUGCUGGGCACUGGAACUUUUUGGAUUUAAGUGGUUAGAUUGGGUUGUUUUGCACAAUGUGUGUGUGUUAAGCAUGUUACAUAAAAGCGAGUUGUUAAGCCCAUGCUGUCUGGUUUAGUUUAAUGAAGUGACAUCUUAAGCACUAAAGAACAACUGAAGCUUAUUUGUCCAAAUUCAAAUAAAUGUUUUUGAAAAAACAGAGAUUAAAAAAAGUACAUCGAACUGAAGCCAGACGCAAAUGAUCCUUUUUACACAGCUGGAUUUGUGAGAUU